AUGAUCCUAAGACAACUAGAGAACAUCCAGCUCUAUCAGGUCCCUGUUGCUCUUGAGGAUGAUACUUCUUUAGUGUUAGACUUUGCAAGAGUUCUUGAGAGUUUUCAAGUUGCAAAGACUAAGGUUGUGUCUAUUGGACAUAAUAUUUUUAUGAUUAAUAGACGUUACCUUCGAGGCUAUGCCAUUGGCCGAGGUUUCUGCCACAAUUGGAGAUUGUUCACCAACCAAUUGUACUUUUUACAGCCUGGCAUUUGUGUAUACAUUGACACAGAGAUCAGAUCCCUUUACAAGGUCCCGUGCAGAGGUGUACAACCCCAGCACCUUCAUCAUCUAGCACUCUGUUCCCCAGGUUUCGAUAGCAUUAAUAAGCCAGGGCAUCAGAAUCUACGUCUCAGGGGAGUGCCUCAGGGUGCUUUAGUGUUUUUUGUGCGAAAGAAAGAAGAUUUUGUAAGGAUUUUCAUUGACUAUCGUCAGUUGAACAAUGUCACGAUAAAUAAUAAGUAUCGCAUCCCCAGGAUUGACGACUUGUUCAGCCAACUUCAGGGUGUUAGUUGCUUUUCUAAGAUAGACCUCAGAUCUGAGUAUCAUCGGCUUAGAGUUAAAAAGAGUGAUAUCCCAAAGACAGCCUUCAAGACUCGGUAUAGUCACUAUGAAUUUGUAGCUAUGCCUUUUCGACUAACGAAUGCUCCUGCAGCUUUCAUGAACUUAAUGAAAAGGGUGUUCAAACAGUAUUUGGACUUGUUCUCCAUUGUUUUUAUUGAUGAAUACUCAUUUAUUCUUGGAUAG